AUGGUGAAAAGCGACCCUACACUCGCAAUGCACAUCAGAGAGUAUAUCAUUGCUGGCCGAAGACUUCCUUCUGAAAAAGACGAAAAUCCUACCAUCUAUAGGAUGAGAAUCUUUGCAAGUGAUGAAGUCAAAGCCAAAUCAAGAUUUUGGUAUUUCGUAAAGAGAAUGAACAAAAUCAAGCCAUCUCACGGUGAAAUCGUUUCUGUCAAAGAAAUCAAAGAAAAAAGAACUCUGCAUGCCAAAACCUAUGGUAUUACUUUGAGAUACGAAACUAGGACUGGAGUCACUAACAUGUACAAAGAAUACAGAGAAACUUCACUAUGUGGUGCAAUUGGCAGACUUUAUAUGGAUAUGGCAGGCCGCCAUAGAGCAAGACCUGAAACAAUCCAUAUUGUCCACACCAAAGUGUUGCACACCUAUGAUCAAGUUAAGCGUUCAACAACAGGACAAUUUUAUAACUCAAAAAUCAGAUUCCCACUAUUGCACGAAACUGUGAGAGCACCUUCUAAAGCCCUGAGAUCAACUUUUGUCGCUGCAAGACCUCUUACUCGUAGUCACUAA